AUGCCAAGAGAGACUGUUUAUACCUUCGCUGCAGGACUUGCUGUAAAAGCCGAGGGUUUCAGUGCCAAACCCACGUUCAAAGUACUUGGGUUCCUGUUUCUAGAAGACGUUCAAGGCAUCUACAGCUUCCCAAUAUUCAACAACAGCACCACCCAGAAGCAAGCCCUAAGAGAUUCAGACAGAAUCCAUCACCAGGCAGGGAAAUUUCCGGCAGAGGGGAGUUUUCCGGCGGUGUUUCGAUGCGUUCGAAUGAGCUCCGGUGAUGAUGCAGUUGAUCAGUUUGCGUAUCAGACAUCAGUGAACAUAGCUGGACACAUAUUCAAGGGAAUUCUUUACGAUCAAGGUCCGGAGAGUCUCCACAUCGCCAGAGAGAGCUCUUCAAGUGCCUUGCAGCAACCUAAUUUCAUCAAUUCUGCUGCUUCUAUUGGUACAGCCUCCCUUUCUUACCCUAAUCCCUUUAAUGCCCUUAUGCCGGCAUUUAGGUUUUUAUCAAAGAUAAGCCAUGAAGAGAAUCAGUACUCUACUACUGCAAAGAACCUCAAAGAUUAA